UUCAAUGAUACAACUGGACCUCCUAGUUGAGUUCAGUAGUUUGUGGGAUGCAAAGACGGUGCAGGUUAGAUUGGAGUUCUGAAACCUGGCGCCUGUGGUCUCGAAUUGUUACAACAAAUGUUCACUGAAUUUAAAAAAAGUGCAGUAUGAAAUUUUUUUAUUUUCGGAGGAAUUUCAGUUUCACUGGAUUAAUUUUAUUAUUGUGUUGUCAGUAUUGUAAUUCUAGAUCUUAUCAUCAAUCAAGAGAUAGAUUAAAAAAUGGUCAGUUAACUACAGAGGCGUAUUCACAAGAUGACAGUCCAAAUACAACACCUUCACGAUUACUUAAUUCGAAUUCGUCGUUCAGAAAAUGUCCCAAAGAACUCAAUACGAAGUGCCAACAAGCUUGUGUUAUAAGAAAUGGAAAAGUAUUUUGCGCGUGUUUCAAGGGGUUUACGCGGAAAAAUAAAAAAUGUGUAGAUAUCGAUGAAUGUCAAUUGGGCAUUAGCAAUUGUCAAAAAAACUGUAUAAACAUCCAAGGAUCUUUUCGAUGUUCCUGCCCAGACGGCUUCCGACUAUUGCCUGACGGCAAAUCUUGCGAAGACAUCAACGAAUGUUUGCUCAGAAAUGGUCAUGGCCCGUGCCAAGAUAUGUGCCAAAAUACAGAGGGAUCGUAUAAAUGUAGGUGCCGAAAUGGCACACAUCUGGCCUCAAAUGGCCACUCCUGCACAGAUUUAGACGAAUGCCACGAAGGAAGAUCUGGUUGUUCACACGGAUGCAUUAGCACUCACGGCAGAGUAUACUGUACCUGUCCAGUUGGGUGGCAACUGAGCUCCAACUGGAAAACGUGCAAAGAUGUGAAUGAGUGCGCUGAUCCAAAGAUUAAGGAAAGUUGCGGUCACGCUUGUGUAAACACGGUGGGUUCAUAUUAUUGUGCUAAAAAUGCCUCGAUGGAAAUUCGUGAUAUAAUGGCCGAUCAAGCUCUAGACGAUGAUGAUGAUUACGAAGACGAGGACGAUUACGGUGGUGAAGGAGAAGACUAUGAGAGUGAAGAUGAAUACACUGACGAAGAUUAUGAACAACAAAACGAAAAAAAUGAAACAGCAAAUGAAAAACCUGAGAAUGGUGAGAAGGAUACUGGUGAGAAACACAAUGACGGUGACGACGUUGCUGAUAAGAACAACACAUUAUUAGUAGAUAAUGAAACUUUUGAAACUAGUUAUAAAAAGAAUAGGUCUAAGUUACCCCCAGAAUACGAAGAUUCAGUCAAUAAGAUACCUGAACUGCAUUUUGAAGAGGGUUUUGACGACAAGCACCUAGUUAAUAACAAUGUCAUACAAAACAAAUUUGAAAAAGUUUCUGACCAUGGUAAUAAUGAAAACGAAGACGAUGCGGUUGGUAAUAAAGAUACAGAAACAAAAAGAGAUGAUUAUGACGAAAACGAAAAUAACGACUAUGAAGAAGAAACUAAAGAAGACGAACAAGACUACGAAGACGAAACUACCACAGUAUCUACUGAACCGAACCCCGAUACUACACCUGUAAUACGGUUUACUUUAGAAAGGUUACCAACAACGUUAUCGUCGAUUAAACAAAAUUCUUAUACCACUAAUAAACCUAGCACUGAUUCUUCAGUAACUGAAAAUGAGGACUAUGAUGAAGAAAAUUAUACGAAAGAACCUGAGAAUAUACCUAACAACAACCUGAAUUCAGACAAACAGGAUUAUAUUACAACGACGGAUUCUGUAAUCACAACAACUGAAAGACAGUUUAGCACCCCACAAACUACAGAACCAGAACGUAACGAGAAUAACGAGAAAAAUAAUAAUGCAGAUUAUGAUGACGAUAAUGACUACAGAGAAGAAGAUUACGACGAGGAUGACGAGGAAGAUGACGACGAGGACAAUGGAUGCACUGAAGGAUAUUAUUUAAAUGACGACGGUGAUUGUAUUGAUGUUGACGAAUGCGAAAUCGGUACCUCUGAGUGUUCACAUGGAUGUCAAAACACAGAUGGAGGCUACAAAUGCACUUGUCCUAGCGGUUUCGAGUUAUCUUCAGAUUUUAGCAAUUGCCACGACAUCAACGAAUGUGUUACUAACCCUUGUCCUUACAAGUGUGUUAAUAAAAUAGGCUCCUACCACUGUGAAUGUCCUGAAGGAUAUGCUCUCUUAGCUAAUAAUAGCUGCAGUAAAGUAUCUUGUCCUCAUGGACACACAAUUAUUGAUGAUGUCUAUCGAUGCAUUUGUCCAAAUGGGUAUGUUCGCAGCAGUAACGGAGUUACCUGUGACGACGUUGACGAAUGCGAAGAUGACCACGGCUGUGCCCAUUCUUGCGUUAACAUACCAGGUUCAUACUCUUGUACAUGUUACGACGGUUACUAUUUAGAAAGAAACAACAGAACCUGCAAAGACAUCGACGAAUGUCUCCGGAAGAACACUUGCUCGCAUAAAUGCGCAAAUACCAUCGGUAGUUACCGAUGUUCUUGCGAAGAGGGUUUCGAAUUAGACACAGAUCACAGAACUUGUAUUGACAUCAAUGAGUGUGAACAAAAACACUUCAACUACUGCGAUCACUUAUGUGUUAAUUUUGAAGGCGGUUAUGAGUGCACUUGUAAAUCAGGUUUUCGGCUUCUAGAAGAUGAAGCCAAUUGUGAAGACAUAGAUGAGUGUGCAGAAGACAAUGGAAAUUGUUCGCAUACUUGUAAGAAUACCAUGGGUUCUUAUCAUUGUGAGUGUGACGAAGAAUUUGAACUAGACACAGACAAUCAAACCUGUGUCGAUUUGAACCCUUGUAGAAAUGCCAGGUGUUCACAUAUUUGUAGAAAUGUGGACGGUGAAGCUGUUUGUGAAUGUCCUGAUGGUUACGAGCUGGAAAACAAAACGUGUGUUCGCAUAAAUCCGUGCACGAUAAACAAUGGUGGUUGUUCCCAUUUUUGUGAAUUAGUAGGGGACGAAAUUAACUGCUUCUGUCCCGAAAUGCACGAACUCGAAAACAGAACACACUGCGUUGAAAUCGAUCCAUGUUUAGAAGACAAUGGAGGUUGUUCGCAUAUUUGUAACUUUGUCAACCACUCAGUGAUAUGUUCAUGCCCUAAAACUCAUGAUUUAGGAAACGACACGCAUUGUUACCGCAGGAAUCCCUGUUUAGUUGACAAUGGUGGAUGUUCACAUACUUGUAAUUUUGUCGAUGAGGAAUUAUCGUGCAGUUGUCCACACAACUACUAUUUAGAAGGCAGAAUCUGUUACCGCGAAGAUCCCUGUCUGAUUGAUAAUGGUGGUUGUUCACAUGAAUGUUAUUCAGACGAUGAGGGACUAGUUGAAUGUUCUUGUCCUGAAGGAUACAGUUUAAGCGAAAAAACAUGUGUUCCGAUUGAUCCGUGUGAAAUCUAUAAUGGGAACUGUUCGCAUAUUUGUUCUGUUGUUCAUAAUGAAGUUGCAUGUUCUUGUCCAAUAAACUAUGAUUUGAUCAAUGACACACACUGCGAGGAGAUAGAUCUGUGCAAAACUGAUAACGGAGGCUGUUCGCACAUCUGUCAACAUUCACAUGAUGGUGUACAUUGCUCUUGUCCUUUAAACUACUAUUUAAACGGUGAUGGAAAGAAAUGUGUUUUGGUGGAUCCUUGCUCGGACAAAAAUGGCGGAUGUUCCCAUAUUUGCAAAAACGUUAAUGGAGAAGCAAAAUGUUCCUGUCCGGACAAGUAUAAUUUAACUGACGACAAAAUGUGUACGCGAAUUAAUCUAUGUUCUAUCAAGAAUGGAGGUUGUUCUCAUGAAUGUGUUGAAGAAGGAGAUGACAUAUACUGCCUCUGUCCAGACGGCUACAAACUAGACGGUAAAACUUGCAUUUUAGAAAAUCCCUGUGUAAUUAACAACGGUGGUUGCUCCCACAAAUGCAACAACGUCGGUGGUACCGUACGGUGUUCCUGCCCAAGUUACCAUACAUUAAUUGGCAAAGAAUGUAUUCAAGCCAAUCCAUGUCUCGUAGACAAUGGAGGUUGUUCUCACGAAUGCGUUUUUGAAACCGGUGUUAUUUAUUGUCUAUGCCCCGACGGAUAUAAGCUAGACAAAAAAAAUUGCGUUAAAGAAAACCCAUGUGCCAUUAAAAACGGAGGAUGCUCUCAUAUUUGCGAAUUUGUUGACGAACAAGCUAUUUGCAAGUGCCCACCAGAUUACGAAUUAAUCGGUAAAACCUGUUCCAAAGCAAAUCCUUGUUUGGUUAAUAACGGAGGUUGUUCACACAUUUGUACGAACAAUAAAGGAAAUGUUAAAUGUUCUUGCCCGACAGGAUUUAAGUUAAACGAUAAAAUAUGUAUUCAGGAAAAUCCCUGUAAGCAAGACAACGGGGGGUGUUCUCACGAAUGCCGGGUUAUUGAAGGGAGGCCUCGCUGCUUUUGUCCCUCAGGCUACAUUCUCAGACCUAACCAAGUCGCUUGUAAAGAAAUUAAUGAAUGUAAAAUACGUAAAGGGGGUUGUUCGCAUGGUUGCAAAAAUGUACCAGGAUCUUACGAAUGCACCUGUCCAAGCGGAUUCAAAUUAGGAUACAACAACAAAACUUGCGAAGAUAUUAACGAAUGUUUGUUGAACAAUGGUAACUGUCAAGUGCUGUGUAGAAACUACAGAGGUGGGCAUAGGUGUGACUGUAACAAUGGGUACGCUUUGCAAGACGAUGGACGAUCGUGUAAGACCAUUACGUUCAACGAAUGUCGAGUGCCAGCAGAUCCUACUAAUGGUAUUAUCAGGUGCAUGAACACUCGUUCUGAUAAAAUUGGUUUUGUGUCUGCGGGUACAAGAUGUAUGGUUUGGUGCGAUGAAGGUUACAAGCUUAUAGGAGAAUCAACAAGGACUUGUCAGAGUACGGGAAGUUGGGGGAGUCCUACGCCCUAUUGUUCUGCUGCUGCUUGUCCCAGGUUACCUCCAAUUCAAAACGGGUGGCUUUUACCAAGUAACUGUAACAACGGUUACACUUACUCUGGAGAACAAUGUCGGAUCUAUUGUAAAAAAGGGUACAAGUUACGUCAAGGAAAUGGAAUGAUUUCUUGUAAUCGUGAUCUGAGCUGGAAACCAAGCGAAUCAGUACAAAGAUUUCAUGACAUCUGCGUUCGAGACAUUUCGCAUACGUUUAUUAAAUGCCCGGGAAAUGGUCAGUUAACUUACACUUUACCUCCUGGACAACGACAUAUGUAUGCUAAGAUACCACAACCUGAAACAAAUGCUAACUGGAUGAAAGAUGUGAAAUCUGAUCCUACUUGGGGGAUGCAGUUAGGGACGAUACUACCAGCUGGAAGAACAGAGUUAACUUUUUACGCUGAUGGCCAAGAAGCUUCAAUCAAUUCGAACGCAACAGCUUGUAAAUUAGUCAUAACUGUUUUAGAUAUAGAAGAUCCUAGGGUAACUGCGUGUCCGACAAAUAUGGAGUACACACUUCCCAGAGGCCAAACUAGUCAGUUAGUGUUUUGGAAAGAACCCGAGUUUAGUGACAACGUCGGCAUUGCUAAUCUUUAUAAAUCAAGAGAACCAGGAACAAAAUUUGGCAUUGGGUUACAUCAUAUUAAUUAUGUGGGUAGCGAUGAGGCCGGAAAUAGAGCUUUUUGUCACUUUACUGUGAAUAUUAAAGAAGAAAUCGAUGCAGCACCGGAAAAUUCGGCCGUAUCAAAUUUACAGAGAAGAUCUGACCAAUACAGAGCUGUUCUAAUCUGUCCAAGUGGCGUUCAGUAUAUGUCUCAGUCACCAGAACAUUAUAGCAAUCAACUUACAAACGAAGCAGGAUGUUACUGGAGACAUGUUAGAGUAACAAGACCAAUAGAGCCCCAAACUUACCGAAUUCCAGCGCAUAAAAUCCAUAAAGAAAGUAGAUUACCGCCCCAUUUAAGAAAAAAACAUAGAUAUUUUGAUUGGUAUGAUAAGUGUUGUUGAUUUUUUUUAUUAAUGUGUAUUAGUGUCAUUUUUGCAUAUUAUAAAUAAGAUUUUUUGAAUGCUUUAUAACUGCCAAUAUUUUUUGUCAUACUUAAUGUAAGACUAAUAAAAGUAUUCUUAUAAAUAAAGAAAAAUAAAAUGGU